AUGGAACCUACGCAUAAUGUGACAGAAUUUAUCCUUUUGGGACUUGCUGUCAGUCCAGAGUUAGAACAUAUGUGUUUUCUGUUGUUUCUAUGUUUCUAUAUCAGUAUAAUCCUGGGGAAUCUCCUCAUCACUGUUACCGUAAAGGGCAGCCAAAGCCUAAAUUCCCCAAUGUAUUUCUUCCUAAGCUACCUGUCCUUGGUAGACAUAUGCUAUUCUUCUGUCACAGCCCCAAAACUCAUUUCAGACUUCCUUGUUGAGAAGAAAACCAUAUCUUUCAAUAGUUGCAUGGGACAGUUGUUCUGGUUUCAUUUCUUUGGGUGCACUGAGAUUUUCCUCCUCACAGUGAUGGCAUACGAUCGUUAUGUUGCAAUCUGUAAACCUCUCCAUUACAUGACCAUUAUGACACGAAGUGUGUGCAGUUUUCUGGUAGCAGUGUCAUGGGUUGGGGGCUUUGUGCAUUCCAUUAUACAGACUCUCCUGACCACCCACCUCCCUUUCUGUGGGCCUAAUGAGAUUGAUCACUAUUUCUGUGAUGUGCACCCUUUGCUGAAACUGGCUUGUACUGACACCUACAUUGUUGGCAUCAUUGUUGUGGCUAAUACAGGAAUGAUUUCCUUAACCUGUUUUGUUGUGUUAGUUAUAUCAUAUAUUGUCAUCUUAGUCUCCUUGAGAAGACGCACUUCUGAAGGGCGCCUCAAAGCUCUCUCCACUUGUGCCUCCCACAUCACUGUAGUGGUUAUAUUUUUUGGGCCAUGUAUCUUCAUCUACUUACGACCUUCUGCCAUCUUCACAGAGGAUAAGAUGAUCGCUGUGUUCUACACCAUUAUCACCCCUAUGCUGAACCCCUUGAUUUAUACCCUAAGAAAUGAAGACGUAAAAAAUGCCAUGAGAAAAAUGUGGAUCCGAAAAGUGGACUUAGACAAUAAAUGA